AUUAUGAUGCAGCAACAGAAACCUGGUAAACCGAAGAAAAUUAAUAGAAUUGACAAAAUCAAACGAUUACAAAUUAACAGAAGUAGACGGCCAGAUAUUAAUCAAACAGUUCCAUCACCUUUGUUCUACGUGAGAAUUGUUGUCACAUGGCUUGGGAUGGUGAGUCUCGACGCGAUGACCGGCUUCCGUUUUGAGUUGCUGUGGCCAACGUGGCUGAUGAUUCGAGCAGCUGCUGAAUCAAUUCAAAUGAGAAAUCAACAUUGUGUCACGACAAUUGCCAAUCCAACAGCGGCGAGAUUCUCCGUAUUAUUCAUUUGUGUGACAGCAACUUCGGAUCUAAUUUGUUAUCUGUUCAUUCCGAUUCGAAUGCUCAUAUUUCUCGCCACUACCUAUGUGUGGAUUAGUUUAUACUAUCACACACAAGGCGGAUUUUUGAGGUCGCUGGCAACAGUUUAUGGUGGUGAACGGUUACAGUCGUGGCCAAUUGUCUUCAUAACCUGCUUCAUUGUGAUAUUUGAAUUAUUUUUAAGGAUUCGAAGUCAUCCGAUCCUCAUCAGCUUCUUUCCAAACGUUGCGGAAUAUGCGGGAGUGUCACCUGUGUGGCCGCGAAGUCUGAACGCAUUUUUCGGAGCACAUUCAAUAGGAUAUCCAGUGAUACUCAUCACAGUUUCAAUGCAUUAUUACUUCAAUGAAUGGAAACUGCGUCGAAAGCAAUGUGAUGUGUCAAAUCGCAAUGAACAACUAUUUCGGAUACUUGUUGAAGGGUUACCAGCAGAAUAUGAAGGUCCCAAAGAUUAUACGUCACAACAAUGUUUGGAAGAUGAUCUGUACUAUCUGGAUCCGCCAGUUCAAACAUUACAACCAAUGCAAGCAAUACAAGCAGCAAGUGCAACGCCUCCAACAUCAUCAAAAAAGAAUGGAAUACACAAGAGGAAUGGUGAUGUGACGUCAUCAACAACAACUUCAUCAAGAAAAAAGAAGCACAAUGGGAAUUCUGGAUUUAAUUCGACACCUCCGAAUGACAAAAAGAAGGGAAAAUCAAUACGAGAUGUUGAUAUGGAUGAUGGUGAUGAUUCAGAUGAUGAUUAUUCAUAUCGGGAUACAUCGUCUUCCACAAUAGAAGAUCAACGACGAGGCGGCGGAAUUUCGAUUAUUCGAUUCAUUUUUAGUUCUGCCGCGUGGCUUUUUUCCUUCGUUUUUGAGAGUUCAACACCGUCUGAAAAUUCAUUAUCAAAUCAACAAAUUGAUGAUGAUGAAGAUUACGAGGAUGGUGAUGGUGAUAAAAAGAACGGGCGAACAGAUUCAAUGACAAGUACAACGAAAGGACGAGCGAAUACGAUGCCAUCGACAACAAGGAGUCAGAAUAAUAAUAAUUCACAAAAACAACAGAAACAGUCAAAUGGGAAAAGUCAUCAUCAACACAGCAGCCAUCAGAACAACCAUCAGAAAUCAAAUGGAAAUUCAAAUGGACAUGCGAGAGGAUUUGCAGCAGUCAGAGACAGUUCACAUGAUACAAAUGCGAGUAAUGAAACUGAUAUACGAAGUAUGUCAAGAGAACUUGAAUCAUUACGAUCUGAAAUAUCAUCACGAAGGAGUCAAGAAGAAGAUUUUAAGCUUCAAGUAUCUAUGCAUGAAUCAAAUGAGACUCGUUUAUCACAACAAUUAUCAAAUAUGAGAUUGAAAGUUGAGCAGAUGGAGAUUAAAUGUUCGUCAAUUGAAAGGCAUCGAGAAUCAGACAAACAUCAAUUGGAGCAAGCUGAACGAAAAUAUGCAGAUUUAUUGGGAAAGAAGGCUGAAAUCGAAGCAACAUUAAGUGCCGAGAGGAAGGCUAGAAUGGAGGUUACAAGCAAAAAGUACGACGUGGCAGAACAUCAACGGGAACGCGAACGACAGCUUGAGUCAGAAAUCGAUAAACUCCGAAUUGAACUGAAAUCGAAAGAUGAAUCGAACAUGCGAAUGGAGUCUGAACUGCAUGGAUUACGAAACUACAAGGAGGAAAACGAUAUUGACUCUCUCAAUAUGGAACUUCGCUUCGUUCGUGAUAAAUCACAUCAAAUGGAAGAAUCGUUGGCUGGAGAGAACAAGCUGAAGCAAUCACUUUUCAAAUGUCUUGGAGAUGCUCGUGACACUAUCAAAUCAUUGGAGCGACGAGUUCAGGAAUUUCAGAUCAAAAAUGGAUCGUCAAUUGGUGGUGGAAGUAGUGAGACGUUGAUGAAUGGACGAUCAUCGACUGAAGCUAAUAAUGAGAAUGAUACGACUGCUUCUGAUCAAUCAUCACCACAUCAACAUUCUGCCAUGGGAUCACCUGUUCCAUUUGCCAAAAUGCCUCUCUCCGUGAAUGUUUCUAAUCGACAUGGAUCACCUUUCAACGGCAAAGUUUCACCAAUUGCAUCAAUUGGCUCAGUUUUGGCCGCAGCCGGUGGACCAGCACCUCCAGAUUAUAUGAUGGCUGUUGGAGCAAAUGUUACAGCUACGACUGGGCCAGUUCCACAGAAACAGCCUCGUGCCGGUUUUCAUGGAAUUAGCAGAUACAACGAAUUCACAAACAUCGCAUCAGGAGGCGAGCAUCGGCUUUUUGACACUCCAGCUUCUGCUAUUUCGGCAUCUGCUAUAAAUGGUUCGAAUCCCGAAGAUGACUUUCUAAUGAACAAGGGAAAAUUUGGAGCUCCAUCUCAACCAGCCGCUCGUCUUGCUUGAACUCGUUUCUGAUCCACGUGAAUUUCCAACUUUAAAAACUCUUUCUCUUAAAAUGUUUCUUCUCUGUAUCUCCAAAUGCUUCCUUUGGUCUCUAUAAGAUUUCCUUCUGCACAAACUUUUUGGCCGCGAAAUAACUCUUCAAUUUCUACAUUAAAUUGUAAGAUCUCAAUAAGUUGAGAAUUGAAAGACGUUUAUUUCUCAGCCAAAUCGCAAUUUUUUCAGCCUCUUAUUUCUAUAUUUUAUCAUAUUUCUUUUCCUCUCAUUACUCUCAUCAUUUAAAUAGUAUAGAUAUAAUAGGCCUACGCGCUUCUGUCUCAUCCCAGAAGAAAAUCUAAUAAUUUUUAAUUUUAAUAACCUUUUUAAAAGACGAACUGGAAAAUAUGAAAAUUAAUAUUAUCUUUUCGUUCAAAAACUCUCAAAUAAUUUAGCCAUUUAGCUUUAGUCAAUUUAGUCAUAAUUAGUCCAUCUUCUGUCUUUAAUCUAUCCCAGUUUCUCUUUUUCCCCGUCUUUUUCCUUUCCUUCUAGGACACCUUCUUAUUUGAGAGUGUGUCCUGUCUAUCAUACCGGGCUCUAUAAGAACACGCAUUUUCAAAAUCCCCAGUUUUUUUUGUAAAUUCCUCCCAUCUUAGAAUUGCGUUGUUUCUUGUUUUUUCAACCGAUUGGAUCUCGAGAUACGGUUCCCAUCCAUCAAUAGCCGCUGUUGCAGAAGCUCCAAAAUAAUUCUUGGCUCAAAAUUUACUCGCCAUUAGUUAUCGUUGGAGCUGAAACAGCACUCAUCCCACCUAAUCAGUAAUGAUGUUCGAUUUUUUGAGCAUCAUUUCCCCUCAUUCUCAUAUUUUCUGUCUCUGUCUAUAUGCUCUAUGCUUGUACUUUUGUAAUAUUUAUUUUCUCUUUUCCUCUCCACACGUUUUCCCUUGCACGUUGACAAUUUGUUUCCACCCUGGAGAUUAAGAAACAAGCAUAUUUUCUCUUAUCAUACCAAAUAAAUUGGUGUUAAUUUAAA